AGUUGCUUCGCAUUCGCCACCGUGAGUGAACGUUGAAGUGGCCAGAGGUUCACUUUAGUUUUUGUUCAUAAAUUCAUUUCUUUGCUCCUCUCACAGCUUCUGUGUGAGCAUUGGGGGAGAUAAUUCUGGCAGAGAAUUUGUGUUGAACUGUGUUUGAAGGGUCGUUUUAAAGGGAUGCUGGAAGUGUUAAAGUGUCCAGGAGUGGAGGAGAAAAUUAUGGAUUUGAGGACAGUUUAAAGAGACAAAAGUUCUUUUUUUAAUUUUUUAAAUUGUUCAAUUUUCACCCGUGAUUUUUCAUGAAAAUAUGGAUGAUUUUGUGCAUGGAAGGAGGUCCAAUUUAUUGACUUGUUCUGCAUUGAAAUUUAAAUAAGCAGCACAUUCUUGGCUCUUUUUUUUUGUUAAAAUUAAAGAAAAAAGACAAGAAGAAGGUUAAACAAGGCAAUAAAGUGUGUUGUACUUCUUUGACUCUCAUGUACUUUUUGGAACCAAUUGUUAAGUGCUGAUUUGCUGCAAAAGCCGCCAAAAGGAAGAUUUCCAUCUCACAGAAACUGCGGAAAAGCUUACGCAAAAUUGGAUGUAAUCUUAGGGCAUUCAGCAUUGUUUCGAAUCGCAUGAGGAUCGUCAAUUGGGUGCCAUUUGGUGGAGAAUGUGACGAAAGAGGAGCUUUUGUCUAUUUGCGUGAACGAUCUAUGUGCGAUCACUAAUUAACCUUCGCAUAGAGGCAUCAUAUAAUUGGACCCUUAGCAUAACAUAAAAUGGGUACAAAAUCACCGGGAACGCCACAGAGGUGCCGCCUCAUUCUCAACCAGUGUCUGGCCAUUCAACUGAGUCGUCCCGGAAAUACCCCCGAGGACUUUUGGAUGUACGAUUCGGGCUACAUGAUAUUCCAGAACUUCCUUGCUGCGAAUGCCCAAUGCUGGUGGAAUGGGGCCCUGGCUGCCGCCACGAGAGCCCUCAAAUACAUCGGACACGUCUCUCCCGGAAUCCUGCUCGUGACUGCGGAACCAUGUGCCUUGGAGGUGUUGCGCGGAGCUUAUGCCAGGAGUGUCUUGAAACCACCCCCAACUUAUGUCAUCAGCUCUGUCGGCGACAUUGAUGACUGCAUCCUCACACCAAUUGUCAAGGGGCAGUUUACACCCCUUCCUGAAGCUCUCUGUGACGUCAUAAUGGAUCUGACAUCCCAAGGACAAUCAGCCACAAUUGAGAAUGUGAAGAUAAAGCUAACGCUGAGAUUUCCUCACAUGCAGCCACCAUCUGUGGAAAUGAUCUACGACACUCUUGUGCAAUUGAUGCAGGAGAGAAAGAUCUACCAAACUGCAAAGGGAUACUUUAUCGUAACACCAGAACGUCGAAGAAGUCGAUCCCGCCCACGGGAUCAUCGAUCUUUGGACGAAACUUACGAAGAUGAGCCACAGGAAGCUCGAACAAUUCUCCUAACUAAUUCAGAGGCCCUACACAACCUCUAUGGGGAAAUUUCAACGGAAAGAGAUGGCGAUUUGACUCAUCAAUGCAUUCAAACUAAUCUUGCGGAUGUUAUCUGCGGUGGGAAUCCCAAUGACAAGAUAAUGUAUGCAAGAAGUUCAAAGCGCCGAAGUGCUUCAUUCCCAACACCACGGAGUCUCGAAAGGCGCCACAGUAUGAGACUCUUUGGCUCCUCGAAGCGACUUCAGCGAUGUUCCUCAACCAGAAGCCUCACGAAGACGUACGCCUCGACGGCCGAUAGUAGCAGCUCAGAGAACCAAAGUACAGACUCGUCGUCGCCGAAGAAGGGCUCUCUGCUGUCACGACUCUUCCGGCGCAGUGGUCGAUCUAAGCAGAGGCACAUUGAGACUUUCUCAGCACAAUUUCCGCCUCUUGAGUGGUUCAACUCGCGCGCCGUUCACCUUCACAGUGUUGGCACGCAGACCACCGAUCACGAUGUCCCAAUGACGCACACACUGUCCAAUUCAACUUUCUACGAUGGAUCGGAGCUGAGUCAGCGAUCAUCCACGCUACCACGAAGGCAUCAUAGGCGCCACAUGUCCAGUGAGUCCACCUUCCUCAUCUGGUCGCGUGAUUGCUCACCAAUAAGACGACGAUCGCCAGCAUAUUGCAGCGGUAGCCUGCCGCGGUCAACUCACUCAAUCCCAUCUUCUGUAAAGCCCACCGUGAAGGCAUUGGCAUCCAAGAGUCUUCUCGAUGAGCAGAAUCAGCGUGCAAAGGCCAAACAGCGUCUCGACAGCGAUCCUCGUCACUUUAGACACCUCCACAGUGGCCCAUCGAGCAUCGAGAGCGGCAAGACAUCCCUCCUGUCUGGGCCAUCGAGCAUAGACAGCGGCAAAAUGACACUGAGUCGCACCAGUGGUCAUUCAAGUCUCGAUUCUCAGGCAUCAACAUCAUCGCGACCACCCGCUAAGAUUGCCAUUUCACCGCGAUCAUCGCCGAGUCAUCAAAAGAUGAAGCCACACCUGCGUCAAACAACAUCAACGGGUAGCUCAACGAAGGGUGAAGAGGUGCCCGUGAGUCGUGUUGCCAACUCCACCUCCAACAAUUCCAUCACCCUCCAAGUUACCACAUCGGGGAGUGUCGCAACAACUCCCAGCACAAAGAUCUUUCUGCAGAACUCUCCAGUUCGCAGUGUGAUCACCCUUGAGAAUGGAAAGCUCUGCGACAACCCCAAUGUGUUCAUCAUUAACAAUGAGACUGUGAAGAAUGCCAAUGGGGAACUCAUCCAGAGGCACCUCACGAAGAUUCCACCUCCACCACUGGAGACGCAAUUUGAUGACUCCGAAACUGGAGAUUCCCUCUCAUUGAUCAGUGAAAACUCCCCCAAUUCCAGCGUAACGCCACUAAUUAAUGAAAUUCUCAGCAAUGAGAGCACAAAGUUCACAAAGAACGUAAAUAAUGAUGCAAAGAUGAAUAAUAGUCGCAAAAUGGGAAAUCAAUUUACGCAAAUUGGCGGAAAUGUUGUGUACAAGAAUGUCUUGAAAAACAACGAAUCAGAUCCAACGUCUCCAGUUAACAAUAAGAAUGCCUUUAGAUUUAGCGACGAUGUCACGGGAUCAAUGGGAAAUCUCCGUAUAAUGGAUAAGUUGAAUUCCCACUGUGAUCUGAAGAAUCUCCAAAUGGAUCGAAAGGCCCUCACCUCAAGUCCAGCCAUCAAUACGGAUUCCUUGGCGCACAUACUGCAGAAGAAUAUCGUAGCUGUGGGUAGUGAACCGAAUCUCGUGGCAAAAAAUACGGAAUGCAAGAAAAUCCUCGAUAAGAGUAACAUCGACAAGGAACCCCUUGAUCGACGAUUGAGCCUCUCCAAGGAAACUCCGGUGCCUGAGAAGGAUUCCGGUGAUUUGUACAACUUCCCCAGUCUCACGGAUUUGAGUUUCAACUUCACCUCCCUCGCAGCACAGAAGAUCCUCCAGGGUGUCAGUAUUAACAGCAUUGAUACCCUUGUUGAGCUUAAUAUGGCCAAUGGGCAGGAUAAGAGCAAACCCAGUCAUAUACCCUCCCUCUGCACGGACUACGGUAUGAUCUGAGAGAGCAAACACAACGCGCCCCCGCGAACAAGUGCCAAAACUAUAAAAAAAAAUUAUACAAAGUGCAUUAUGCAAUUGAACGCACAAAGCGCAACUUAACCACACACUCGUACGGAAAACCCAACUAAUUCACAAAAUAUUAUGCAUUGUAAUAUCAUUUUAUAAGUGAAAUUAACUCUUUUCUAAAUACCCUAUACUUGUAUAAAAUAUCCAUUUAUAUAUGGGAGUAAAAUGCAGUUACGUAGCACUAAUUCACUAAUAAAAUUAUUGAAUAAAAAAGGCUUCUCGAACUAUUGUGUAAUGAGAAAGAAA